GAAGUUUUGAAAAAAUGGCGGGUUGGAGGUUGGAGCCUCUUCCAAUGGUGGGAUCGAGAGAGAGAGAGAGAGACGAAAAACGUUUGUGGCGCUUAUAAUUGGCCACCGAGAAAAUCGCGAAAGAGGGAGAACGGAAAAUGCUGGAAUUCAGUGGCGGAGAGCUGAAUCAGAACCGAGGAAGGCGACCGCUGGUUUUGUACGGAUGAUAAGCAAUCAGACUUUUUCACAGAGUAUGGCGAAGCAAGCCGAUACCAAAUUCAAGAAGUUGUUGGGAAAGGAAGCUACGGAGUUGUUGGUUCUGCAAUUGAUAGCCAGACGGGUGAGAGAGUUGCCAUCAAGAAAAUUAAUGAUGUUUUUGAGCAUGUAUCUGAUGCCAUACGCAUCCUCAGAGAAAUUAAGCUUCUUCGGAUGCUUCAUCAUCCGAAUAUUGUAGAGAUAAAACAUAUUAUGCUUCCUCCAUCACAACGAGAAUUCAAAGAUAUAUAUCUCGUUUUUGAGUUGAUGAAGUCUGAUCUUCACCAUGUAAUUAAGGCAAAUAAUGAUCUUUCUCCCAAGCAGCAUAAAUACUUUUUGUACCAGCUUCUUAGUGGCCUAAAAUAUAUACAUGCAGCAAAUGUCCUUCAUCGAGAUUUGAAGCCGAAAAACAUACUUGCUAAUGCUGACUGCAAAUUGAAGAUAUGUGAUUUUGGACUUGCUCGUGUAUCUUUUAGUGAUGCGCCAUCUACUAUUUUCUGGACAGAUUAUGUUGCAACUCGUUGGUAUCGUGCUCCCGAACUCUGUGGAUCAUUUUUCUCGAAAUAUACCCCUGCUAUAGAUAUAUGGAGUAUCGGAUGUAUAUUUGCAGAAAUUCUUACGGGAAAACCCUUGUUUCCUGGAAAAAAUGUGGUGCACCAAUUAGAUCUAAUUACCGAUCUGUUUGGCACUCCUGAAGCUGAGGCCAUAGCGAAGAUUCGGAAUGAGAAGGCAAGGAGGUAUCUAGGAAACAUGCGUAAAAAACCACCAGUUCCAUUCUCACGAAAGUUUCCCAAUGUCGACCCAUCGGCACUUCGUUUACUGGAACGUCUUCUGGCAUUUGAUCCCAAAUGCCGUCCAACAGCUGCAGAGGCACUUUCUGAUCCUUACUUCAAUGGUAUUGCGAAAACGGAACUUGAACCUUCUAUUCAACCAAUUUCAAAAAUAGAGUUCGAGUUUGAGAGGAGGAGAUUAUCAAAAGAUGAUAUUAGAGAGUUAAUUUAUGCAGAGAUUUUAGAGUAUCAUCCCCAAAUGCGUGAGGAGUGUCUACACCCUGAAGAUCAAACUACCUUUUUGUAUCCAAGUGGCGUUGAUCGAUUUAGGCUUCAGUUUGCGCAUCUGGAAGAGCACCAUGUUAAUGGUGAAAGAAGACUUCCACUUCAAAGGCAGAACAUUUCUUUACCUCGCGAGCGGGUUAGUCCAACUGAGAACAACAACGAUGCACAUGACAUUGAUUUUCAAAGCAGGGGGGAAGACAAGAGUGCUCAUCUCUUCAAAAGUGCUAGCAUUAGUGCAUCGAGGUGUGUUGGGGUCUUACCGAAGGAAAAGUCUGAGGCGGAAGAAACGAGUUCUGAAGUGAAAAAUGAAGGAGUGGAUGGGCCGUCUCAAAAGAUUGCAGUCCUUCAGACUUAAGUUCAUGUUGAUAUAUAUAAUUAGGUACUGAAGACAGGAGGCAGAGUGGGUUCUUGAUGGGAUGAAUUUGACUUGUUCGAAGACAUAGAUACCCUCCUCCUCUUGUUAAUAAUAAUCUCAUCAUAUAUUGUAAAGCUAACCUUGUAGUUUGUGUAGACCACACUUUCAUACAAAUAAAGAGAUAUUUACACUUUAGUGUGUGGUAAGAA